GCUGAUUGGCAAAGCCUCAUGAGUGCAGACGCUACGCAAAUGCGCUUUAGUAUAGACCGAGUGAAAUCUAAGAAUCAUGUCUGUGGACGUAGAUGAACAGUGCCUCAGCUGACUGAAGCCCGAUGGGGUCUGGAGCAAGUCAGAGGGAAGAGUCAGUUUCAGCGAGCCCCCCCACUUUACAACCCCCCACUGAAACAGAAUCAUCCAGCUCGUUGCCGCAACCACCCGUCAUCCUCGUCACAGCGCCGUCACGGGACGACAUCUACGCCACGCCGUCCAACAUGACGAUAGCUGAGGCCGUCAAAGAGCGGCGGCCGGACUCUACACCCUUUGUCGUGGGGAAGAAGUUUGCAACCAGGCAGUAACUCCACAUGUUCUGUCACAGCAGUUUUCCCGGAAUGACUCGGUGCGGACAUCGCAGGUCUCACCCAGAUGUCGGACGCAGGAUCUGGUCACAAACUCCGGGAAAGCUGCUGGUUGUCCUCCCGGCACCAAAACAAACCUCGGAGUGAGCUUCCGCCGUGAAGCUCUGCGGGUCAUUUCUCUUCACGUUUCACAAAACUGCUCUUAAAUGAAACCAAUGGACGCCGCUGGAGAGGACGAACCGGACCCCAUAAAGCUGAAGUCCAUUAAGGGCAAUAAAACUUUCACAGUGCCUCAAAAUUACCGGUUUGGGAGCUGCAGAAGUGUCAGAGAGUUUGAGAAACUCAACCGAAUAGGAGAAGGAACGUACGGCAUUGUGUACCGAGCCCGUGACACCAAGUCAGAUGAGAUUGUAGCGCUGAAGAAGGUCCGAAUGGACACAGAGAAAGAUGGGAUCCCCAUCAGCAGCCUCCGAGAGAUCACCCUGCUGCUGAGGCUGAGACAUCCCAACAUAGUGGAGCUGAAGGAGGUGGUUGUUGGCACCCAGCUGGAGAGCCUGUUUCUGGUGAUGAGUUACUGUGAACAAGACCUGGCCAGCCUGCUGGAGAACAUGCAGACGCCGUUCUCAGAGGCGCAGGUUAAAUGCAUCGUCCUCCAGCUGCUCAGAGGCUUGGAGUAUCUCCACCACAACUUCAUUAUUCACAGGGACCUGAAAGUGUCUAAUCUGCUGAUGACAGACAAAGGCUGUGUAAAGAUUGCUGAUUUCGGCCUGGCCCGGAUGUACGGCAUUCCUCAGCAACCCAUGACGCCAAGAGUGGUUACGCUGUGGUACAGAGCUCCAGAGCUCCUCCUGGGGACGAAGACUCAGACUACAGCUCUGGACAUGUGGGCGGUGGGCUGCAUCCUGGCUGAGCUGCUGGCCCACAAACCUCUGCUGCCCGGAACGUCUGAGAUCCAGCAGGUCGACCUGAUCGUUCAGCUGCUGGGAACGCCCAAUGAGAACAUCUGGCCGGGUUUCUCUCAGCUUCCCCUCAUCGGUCAGUACAGUCUGAGGAAGCAGCCGUACAACAACCUGAAGAAUAAAUUCACCUGGCUGUCUGACGCUGGACACAGACUGCUUAACCUGCUCUUCAUGUACAACCCCCAGCGCAGAGCUACGGCUAAAGAUAGCUUGGAGAGUUCGUAUUUCAAAGAGAAACCUCUACCCUGUGAACCGGAGCUGAUGCCAACGUUCCCCCAUCAUCGCAACAAGCGAGCGGCUCCUCCAGCAGAGAGCCACUCGAAGAGGAGCAAAGUGUGACGAAGCGCUGGACUUACAGACGCACCUCUGUGGGUGACGUGGUCACACUCAUGAAGAGCUUUUACUGUGGAGGUCUGAGCUAAUCCAAACCAGCACAGCUUUAGUGAAGCGAACACAGACCGACGCAUUGAUGGACUGCUAAACGGGGGCGUUAAACGCUGAGUCUACAACGAGCAUUCGAACAUUAUAAAAGGCUGGAAUAGUACUUCCUGCUGUGCGGAUCCACGACACAUUCAUCAAAGAAAAAGAAAUGAUGGAGGCCUCAUUUCAGAUUUUGUGACGGCGUUACUGUCUUGUAAAGGUAAAAGUUGUGAGAAAGGUCAUCACAAGUAAUCACAAACUCUGCACUCAUGGUUACAAGAAAAGAGGUGAUGAAUUUGAUGUCAUAAUAAAAAAAAAGAAGCUUAAAUUACUGAGAAAAAAACUGCAGGAUUCAGAUUUCAAGAUGUGUAUUAGGCUCAUUUCCAGUUGUAUUUUUAUUCUCUUUUUGGUUCCCAGGGUGGCUUUGAAUUAUUCACAGUUCAGAAUAAGCCUCAUACAUCCUCUCAGUUCAUCCUCAGAAACAUGCCCUUUUAAUUCCUCUUUCCCCAUAAAGCAUAAAGACAUCUGACGACCUCCCCUGUACACUUAAUGACAAGUUCUGACACGCACACACACACACACACACACACACACACACGUUCCAGGGUUUUCCAAGGGUAGCCCUAGCUAAGCUCUGUGGGCUGAAUCCCCCUCACUGACCUCGUCUUGUUCUGGAAGGAAGCUUUAAAAUCUAACAGAAACCUCUCAGUUCAUUGAGGGGAAACAAAGGUUAGCCUUAGGAGGCUUCCAGAGGGGGAAAGAGUUAAGCCAGCUUUCUACUAAUCGCUCUUUCCCUAAUUAACAGAAGGUCUGAACAGCAGGUGGGCGGGGCUUGCUGUGCCUGAGAUGGCCAUAUUGGGGAUAUCCCCACUCUCUGACAUCAUAAAUGUCCACGAUCUUAGAGCAGUUUAAAGCCUGAGCUUUUGACAUUACUUAUUUAAAACUUUGACCAUGUUCAGUAUGAACUCAAUAAACAGUUGGAACAGUGUCUAUUGACAGAAAAUUAUGAAAAGCUGAACAGGUCCCUUUAAACCAAUCUGAUCUCAUAAACACAAGCUCAAAAGGAUAAACUAAAGCAAACAGAAGCAGCCAGUGUUUCAUUUAUGCAGAGCAGACAUCGAUAUAGAAGCUCACAGACAGUUAUAAUAAUUACCUCUUACUCAUUGACAUAAUUAAAACCUCACUGUGUCAAACUAUGCAGAUAAAAGCAGGAACCGGUGCCAGUGUACCAUCCAUCUUCUCAGGCAGCGGUGACUGAUGACCUUUUCUUGUAAUUAUGAGCAUGAGGUCUCCUAUUUCCCCCCCCCGCAGUGACUGCAGAGCUGUAGAGUACAGACACCGAUACUGACUCUCUUCAGAGCUUCAUGGAAUCUGUUUUAUUGUUGUUGUUGAACCAUAUUGAUGAAUUUAGGAUUAACGUAAGAGAAUCUGCCUUUAACGUGUUUGAUGCACAAUAAAUGAUCUCUCAGGUUUGAUCCUCACAGCUGUCAGACGAGUGUCCUGUCAAAAGUGUCCUUGAGGAAAAAUACUGAAUGCUUGAAUGUGUUUGGUAGAUGUUAAGGAAUAGUUCAACUUAAAAAACAGCCUAAAGGAGCUCCGUGUAACUUCAGGAAACCAUGUUAUUAAUAACACCGUGUGCACCACGGGCUAACCAGAGAUGUGAUGUAUACUAGACUGUCCUGCAAUAUUGUAUGUACUGUAUGUCAUCUGUCCUGUACAACUGGGAGAGCAGAACUGUACUGCAUACCUGAGUAUGCACGAUGACCACCACAUGCAGGCUACUACUGUAGAAAGCAAAUGUUAGUGAUCCAUCUGCGCUUUGUGCUGUUACAUGCUCAGUACCAUGUUUCAUUAUACAUAAGUCAGUAUCAUCGAUCACGUUAGCUGGUGGUGUAACUUGUAAAACUAGCCAAAAUAUCAUUAACAAUCAUGUGAAUACGGUCGACCAGCUGGCUGCAAUUUAGCUGCAGGAGGGUUAGUUGGUAACAGUAGCUGAUAAAGUGAUUGGAAAACAGAUCAGCCGCAGGAGUGUAGAAGAUCUAGCCGACCUUACCUGCUCAUGCUGCAGUCACAGCAGGGAAUGCAGUGGCUGGAGACCGUGUGCAGUGAACUUCCAACAAGCAUUUCGGACGUUGCUUCAAAAGCAGGGACCAAAAACUGACCGCUCGCAGUCAGCUGCUGUCUCAAACCGACUUCAUGCUUCAAAAAUGUCUGACAGCUCCAGUUGGAAGUCAGAAUUUCCGAGUUCCCAGUUUGAAUUUUCAACUGGGAAUGCCCACCUGGGAUUUCUGACUGAUUUUGAUUUUUCCUGGCUGCAAGGAGGUUGCUGUCCUGUUAAUCUAGUGUGGCUGAGCCAUUAAGACAGUAUUUUGCUCCAUCGUAGCUUGGAUUGUGUCCGUGCAUAUGUGGAGUGUGUGUUGUAUUCAGCUAUGUCAGUAACGCGUUACUCUAGUCUGACCACUAUUUUUUUCGGUAACGAGUAAUCUAACGAGUUACUGUUUGCAAUCCAGUAAUCAGAUUAAAGUAACAUCCAAGUCAUGUGUGUUACUCUUUUUGUCAUUUUCCUUAUUAAAAAGAUAUAUUUUUGCUUUCUUCUUGGGGAGUGAUGUCCGGGGGUUUGCUGGUGACUGUUGAAUGUAACUAAUUAAGUAACUUGUAAUCUUAGAUACUUCCAAAAUUAAGUAAUCAGUAAAGUAACUAAGUUACUUUUUAAAGGAGCAAUCAGAUUACCUUUUCUAACCAUCACUGUUGUAUUGUAUUCAGCACUGCGAGUGUUUUCCUUCAGGAUUGUGAUGUUUUUAGUGCUAAAAUCUCCCUGGAGCUUCAUUUAGACCCCGGCUCUUCCUGUGAAGGACACCGGCAGAGAAACUGAGGGAGGAAAGAGCAUUUAUCAGAAUCUGGAACAAUGCUUUUAGAAGGAUCAGCUUAAUGCCUGCAGUGGGUGAACAGCCACCUCGUGAGUACAACCAAAAUAAAAGGUCGACUGUAAAAUGUAAAUAAAAGCAGAAAACUGAACCAUUCCAA